CCAGCAAUACCCCCGAACACACUAAGCAGAACGCAUCAACAUGAAAAUCUGGACCUCAGAACACGUCUUUAACCAUCCGUGGGAGACCGUAGCACAGGCCGCCUGGCGCAAAUACCCGAACCCCAUCAACACAGCAGUCAUCGGUACCGAUGUGGUGGAACGAAGGGUCGUCGACGGUGUCCUGCACACGCACCGGCUGGUCAGCUCCAAAUGGUAUUUCCCACAGUGGGCACAGAAGCUCAUUGGUUCACCAAAUGUAUGCUACGCCAGCGAAAAGUCGACCGUCGAUCCGAAGGAACGGUUGAUGACACUGAAAACGAUCAACCUCACCUUUGGCAGCUUCCUUUCAGUGUACGAAACGCUCAGCUACGUUCCACAUCCGACCGAUCCGUCGAAAACUUUGCUCAAACAGGAAGCCACGGUACAGGUCGAGGGUGUCCCGCUAAACCGAUACAUGGAGGAUGUGUUGACGAAAAACAUUAGCACAAACGCGGGCAAGGGCCGGCAGGGAUUGGAAUGGGUAAUAGGAAAGCUGAAUGCUGAGAUGAAAGAACUGGCCAACAGUGCGGCAACCAGCACGAACGAAAUUCUGACACAGACCAAAAAAUCGCUGGACGACAUCACGGAUCAGGCCCGCAAAAGCAUGGACGAGCUGAGUGCCACCGCACAGAAGAUACACAUAUAGUAACAAACGCUGCAAGGCGGCGUCGGCUACCUCAGUGGCCAGU